AUGCAGUCAGCCCCCCGGGAAAGUACAUAUCUGUGAGGCGCUCCCUGCCCGCCGCUUGCACUCCGCCGGAGCCCCGUCCCGCACGGAUCAGCCCCGCCGCCCGGCAGCUCCGCGCCGCUCCCUCGGGGGCCACCCGCAGCUGGGUCUCGGAUUCGAGGCUUUCCCGCAGCUUUUCAAGUUUUGCUUUCGGGUGCAACUCGCGCGGGGACGCGCUCUAGCCCACCGCCGCCAUGGAUGCCAUCAAGAAGAAAAUGCAGAUGCUGAAGCUGGACAAGGAGAACGCCUUGGAUAGAGCUGAGCAAGCCGAAGCGGACAAGAAGGCAGCAGAGGAGAGAAGCAAGCAGUUAGAGGAUGACAUUGUGCAAUUGGAAAAGCAAUUGCGUGUGACGGAGGAUGCAAGAGACCAAGUGCUGGAAGAGCUACACAAGUCUGAGGAUAGCCUCCUCUCCGCAGAGGAGAAUGCUACCAAGCUGGAGGACGAGCUGGUGGCUCUACAAAAGAAGCUGAAGGGCACUGAGGAUGAGCUGGACAAAUACUCCGAGUCCCUUAAAGAUGCACAGGAAAAGUUGGAACUGGCUGACAAAAAGGCCACAGAUGCUGAGGGUGAAGUAGCUUCUCUGAACAGACGCAUCCAGCUGGUUGAGGAAGAGUUGGAUCGGGCUCAGGAGCGCUUGGCUACUGCCCUGCAGAAGCUGGAGGAGGCCGAGAAGGCUGCAGAUGAGAGUGAAAGAGGAAUGAAGGUCAUUGAAAAUAGAGCCCAGAAGGAUGAAGAGAAGAUGGAAAUCCAAGAGAUCCAGCUUAAAGAAGCUAAGCACAUUGCUGAAGAGGCUGACCGCAAGUAUGAAGAGGUGGCUCGUAAGCUUGUGAUCAUUGAGAGUGACCUGGAGCGGGCUGAGGAACGUGCUGAACUAUCAGAAAGCAAAUGUGCUGAGCUUGAAGAGGAGUUGAAAACUGUGACCAACAACCUGAAGUCGCUGGAGGCUCAGGCUGAGAAGUACUCGCAGAAAGAAGACAAAUAUGAAGAGGAAAUUAAAGUCCUGACUGACAAAUUGAAGGAGGCUGAGACCCGUGCUGAAUUUGCUGAGAGGUCAGUAACUAAGCUGGAGAAGAGCAUUGAUGACCUAGAAGAGAAAGUGGCGCAUGCCAAAGAAGAAAACCUUAAUAUGCAUCAGAUGCUGGAUCAAACUUUACUGGAGUUAAACAACAUGUGAAAAUCUUCUUAGCAGCAACCACAUUAUUUGUUUCGUUAUUUUUACACCUUCUUGCCGUGAAACCCCGUCAAUGUGUCUUUAUGUUAGUUUCACCACAGUCACAAGAACAUCUGCUAAAGUAUCAGGCAGGGGUCAGGGAAACACCAAAAUGGGCAAGCCGUGUGCGGGUUUAAGCUAUAUUAUGGUUUAAAUGUGCCAUUUCCCAACAAAAAUGUUACCUACACUUUGUAGAGAGUUCAGCAAUUCAAUAUGCUUAGUCAUUUGAAGAAUCCUGGCUGUGUCCCUGGCAGAAAGUGUCCCACCUCAAGUGCCAACUACAAUUUUUAAUGAGAAGAAUAAUUCAUAUUCAAGAGACAUCAGGUGGCGAUGGUGCUACUUGGAACAAAAGGUUCUACUGAAGUCUUUUGUUUGAUAUCAGAUGAGUCAGGAGUAGUCCAGCACAGUAAUUUAUUUUUAUCAGAAUUUUAUUAUCUGUGAGGAUUUGGACUUUCUGUGCCUUCUAAUUCAAUAAACAGAAGGUAUGUAAGCAAGAGGGAAAAGUGAAGGCUUCUGGAGGUUUUAAAUUGACUUCUUGCAACUCAAUACAGAAGUGUAGGUCAGCAUUUCGCCUGAGUAUUCAUUCGAUUGUAUUUUUCAUGUUGAAAUGAAAGAUUCAAUAAAUUCAGGAGAAAACCUAAAUUUGGAAGAGAUUGUUUGAAAAUGUAUUUUAUUUCUGUGGAUUUUGGGAGGGGGAGGAAUUUGUAAACUGAUAUUCGCCUCACUUUUUUUUUUUCUCACACUUUCUUUGAGCAAUUUUAAAAGUAUACCUGUAUGUAAACAUUGUAUAAUGAUAUGGAAUAAAAUGCACAUUUUUUACA